AUGAGGAACCAGAGAAGAAGACACUAUAGAGGAGUGAGGCAAAGACCAUGGGGCAAAUGGGCCGCUGAAAUUCGUGAUCCCAAGAAGCCGGCAAGGGUCUGGCUAGGCACAUUCGAAACUGCCGAAGCUGCAGCUCUUGCUUAUGAUGAAGCAGCUCUAAGAUUCGAGGGAAACAAAGCAAGGCUCAAUUUUCCUGUAAGAGUUCAAGGGAAAACUGAGUAUGGUUAUCUUACAACUCGCCAAGACGCCCGAGUUGUAGCCGAUCAGCAAGUUUCUCAUUCUCAUUCUAAUCGAUCAUUUCCUCCUCCUCAUGAGUAUCCUCAUAUUCUUCAGUAUGCUGAGCUGCUUAGGAGUGGAGAUCAAAAUAACUUGCAUGAUGAGGUGAUCUCAAGUAGUACUAGUAGUUUGUCUUAA